CUUGAUCAGCUAGCACUGCUCAUAUACUAGUAACUUAUUGGUCAUAAAUUCAUCGCCGAGGGUGUAAUAAUGUCGGGUGGAACUCGACUAGAGAACGCCAAUCCUCUGAUAUUUCAGCGGUCAGGGGAAAGACUGCUCACCUCCACUGAUGAAGAUGAAGAUGUGGCGGACCCCAUCGAUGUCAGAGAGAUCUUCGAUUUGAUCAGGUCGAUCAAUGACCCCGAGCACCCGCUGUCCCUCGAAGAGCUCAAUGUGGUGGAACAAGUGCGUGUCAAUGUGAAUGAUGAGGAGAGCACAGUGUCUGUUGAGUUCACACCGACCAUCCCACACUGCAGUAUGGCCACACUCAUUGGCCUUUCAAUCAAAGUCAAGCUGCUGCGCUCCCUGCCUGACAGAUUUAAGAUUGACGUUCACAUCACGCCUGGUACACAUGCUUCUGAGGAUGCAGUCAACAAGCAGCUGGCAGACAAAGAGCGAGUGGCAGCAGCUCUGGAGAACUCUCAGCUGCUGGAGGUAGUCAACCAGUGUCUGUCCAGCAGGGGAGUGUGAUCAGCUCAUUCCUGCUUCAUUAACAGGUCAUGACUGAACUCUUGAAGGCUAAUAACAGUGCCAUUAAUAGUGCUGUUAAUUUGCUUCUUUAGAAUGAUUGAUGCAUUCAAUAAACAAAAUCAGAUCAGAACAACUCGUAUUUAAAAGGAGAGAGUGGGGGAUCUAUCCAUACUCUGUUUAAAAAAGAGAAGAAACUAUCCUAAUAUAAAGUCAAUAUGGAAACAGAAUCAGUUUUAUUCGCUUAAGAGUAUGUGGAUACAAAAAAGGUGAUGCAAUUUUGUGAUACAUCCAUGUAUAUGUACAAAAUGACUAUUAUUAGUCUGAUUUGGACAAACAAAUUUUAGAAAGUUUUCAAAGGAAUGUGUGUUAAUGAAAGUGGAGAAUGUGUAAAACUGAAAUCAUUUGCACUGCCUUGUUUAUUAUUAGCUUUACAGUUUUGCCAAUAGAAGUAUUAUAUGGAAUAUGUUUUUUGAGCGAAAUGUCUGGAAUGCAAUGAAGCCUUUUUAACUUUAAUACCUUUUUUAGUGGCCAUACGUUUGGAUGAUAUAUGGUUUAUAAAAUUUAUAAUAAUUAUUAAUAACUCCUUUUGUGUUUAAUGUGGUAAACUAAUUCAUUUCUACAAAUAAUUAAUUUCUAAGUCAAGUAUAUGGAUUUACUGGUACAUCAACACUUGGUUAUGCAUCAUGAAAAUGAUACAUCAAUAACAUUCUACACUUCACAAGACGAUGUAACUUGUAAGAUGAGCUUUUAUUAAGCUUUGUCACAGACCAUUGGAUUUAAGCUCUUUAUUACUGCAUUUUCACUGACUGCUGUUAUAAAAUAAAUGUUUCAGUUUUCUAAAUGCUG